AUGGCGGAUGGAGGCGUGGAUAUAGAUUUGUAUGCUGAUGAUAUUGAAGCAGAUUUUAAUCGUCAGGACGAGUUCGGCGGUGAAAAUGUGGAUUUGUACGACGACGUGAUCGCUGCACCACCCAACAAACCGGACGAUGUCGAUGGACCACCAAAUGCGGCACCCCAGCACCAGCAUCCACCGGAGGAGACGAACGGGAGCGUGAAUUAUCACAACAACGCAUCAAACCACGGCCAUCAUGGCCGCCGUUUUCAGCUAUACGUCGGCAACCUAACUUGGUGGGCGACGGAUCAAGACAUUGCUAACGCCAUCGCAGACAUUGGCGUUACUGAUUUUCAAGACGUGAAGUUCUUCGAGAAUAGGGCGAACGGACAGUCGAAGGGGUUCUGCGUCAUAUCCCUCGGCUCUGACCAGUCCAUUCGGAUGGUAAUGGACAGACUGCCCAAGAAAGAGAUACAUGGACAACAUCCUGUCGUCACUUUACCAACUAAGCAGGCCUUGAACCAGUUUGAGAGUCAGUCUAAGACUAGAUCGACACCACCUGGACCUAACAAUCCAGGUAUGAGAGGACCACACCCGGGCGGCCCGCCCGGUCCACACCCUGGAGAUUUCUUUGGCGGUGGUCCAAAUGGGCCAGGCCCCAACGGUCCGCGCAUGAUAAUGCCGGGCGGGGCGCCGCACCACCAACUGCGUGGGCCGGCUGGCGGUGCGCACGGGCCGCACGGUCCGCACGGGCCCCCGCACGGUCCGCCGCACCAUAUGCCGCAGCACCAAGGACCACCACCACACCACAUGCAGCACCAAGGACCUCCACCGCAUCAAGGCCCUCCACCAAGGGGACCACCUAUGCAGUUCCAAGGCCCACCUCAGCUACAACGCGGGCCUGGUGGUCCCGGAGGUCCAGGUGGUCCCGGCGGUCGUCCAGGACCGGACUGGGGACCGCGCGGGCCGCCGCAGCAGUUGCCCCCGCACCCACAACCACAAUACGGGCCUCCACAACAUCAGAUGCCUCAUCAAAUGCCACCACCCCACCCGGGCGGUGCGGGUGGUUUGCCCCCUGGCCACGCAAGUCUGGCCGGCGUGCCCCGGGGCCCGGCCCCCUUGCCCCAUCAUCCAGGUAUGCCCCCCUACCCAGGCGUGGGUGGCGGCGCCCCCGCCCCGCACGUGAACCCAGCCUUCUUCGCGCAACAACCGCCGGUACAACCACAGCCCGCUGUACAACCGCCACCGCAACCUGGGCCGCCUGGUCCAGGCGCACCAUACGGUCACCCAGCUCACGGCGCUCCACCACCGGCACAAGGACCACCGCCGGCUGCAAGACAACCAUAUGGAAGACCACCUCAGAACUACCCGGGCGCCGGCGAGGCAGGGCGCGGCGCGCACCACGGGCCCGGCAUGGGCGGAGCACACCCCGCGCACGCGCCGCACGCCCCGCACGCCCCGCACGCGCCGCACGCGCCCCACGCGGCCCACCCGCCACACGCGCCCACGCCGGCAUCAGCGAGGCUGAGUUUGAAGAAGUCAUGUCUCGCAACCGCACAGUAUCAUCCAGCGCCAUUGCCCGCGCUGUCAGCGACGCUGCGGCCGGAGAGUACGCCUCCGCUAUUGAGACUCUCGUCACUGCUAUAUCACUUAUCAAACAGAGCAAGGUCGCACACGACGAUAGGUGCAAGAUCCUAAUAUCAUCACUGCAAGAUACGCUGCAUGGCGUUGAAACUAAGUCAUAUGGUAGUGGGGAGAGAUCUCGGCGGUCUAGGUCGAGAGACCGCGAUGCACGCGCGCAUCACCGAACGCCCAGGCGGCGAGAGAGAUCUGCGAGCAGAUACCGCGACCGCAGCAGGGAUCGGGAGGAUCGCGACAGGUACAGGGAACGGUCGAGGGAACGUGAUCGUGAACGUGACCGCGAUGCGUAUUACAGAGACUACCGUGAGCGUGAACGCGACAGGUCUAGGUCUAGGGAAAGGGAACGUGCCGACCAUUACAACAGAGGUCAUAGCCGUGAAGAGAGUUCUACCACCAGGCCGCGCAAGUCGCCAGUAGAGCCGACAGCGGAGAGUGGUGCGGGAGAUGCUUCGGGAGCCAAGUCUCGCGCGGCGGGGGCGCCGUACUAUGACGAAAGAUACCGCGAGCGACGCGAGAGGGAGCCACCGCCGGCUGACCGCGAGCGAGACCGCGAGCAUCGCCGCGACGCGAGGCACUAG